UACUCUGUAUUAGAAACCAUCUAAAAAUCGGUACAAAGUUCUAAGCUUUAUCAAUAUUACUAUUGUAACGCCACCAUUGAUCAUGCAUGUAAUUGCCUCCAAAGCCAAAUUCAUGCAUGCCGUAGUCUGCCUUAAUAAUAACAGUAUAACACCUCCAAAGUUUCCGCCUCCGGUGACUCUUCCGGCCGGCCGUCAUGUACCGAGAGCAAUCUCAAUCCCCACCACCACCAUCACGCCACCGCGAGAGCUGGUGGCCAACCCGGAGUUGUUGGACGACCAGGUGACCGCGUUCCGGGACUACCAGUCCUUGUUCGCGUCGCAACGGUCCGAGGCGGUCGAACCGGUCGCCCUCCGGGUGGUGGAGGGCGCGAUACCGCCCGACUUCCCGUCCGGGGCCUAUUACCUGACCGGCCCGGGCCUGUUCACGGACGACCACGGGUCGACCGUGCACCCACUGGACGGGCACGGGUACCUGAGGGCGUUCGAGAUAAACGGGAAGACCGGCCGCGCCACGUUCAUGUCCAGGUACAUCCGAACGGAGGCGCACAAGGAGGAGCGGGACCCGAGAACGGGCGGGUGGCGGUUCACGCACCGGGGCCCGUUUUCGGUCCUGAAAGGGGAGAAGAUGAUUGGGAACACUAAGGUUAUGAAGAAUGUGGCGAACACCAGUGUUUUGCACUGGGGUGGCAGGCUGUUUUGUCUCUGGGAAGGUGGCGAUCCUUACGAGAUUGAUUCCGCCACGUUGGAUACCAUCGGCAAGGUCAAGUUGGUCAAACCAUGUGGGGCCCAAGAUGCUCCCGAAAGGCUCACUGCCGCAGGUUUCUGGGACGUGGCUGCCCAAAUCUUGAGGCCUGUUCUUUUUGGGGUGUUCAAAAUGAGUCCGAAGAGGUUUUUGUCACAUUACAAGAUAGACGGGAAAAGAAAUAGACUAAUAAUAAUGUCAUGCAACGCAGAAGACAUGCUACUCCCGCGCAGUACUUUCACAUUUUACGAAUUUGAUGCGACGUUGGAGUUGGUGCAGCAAGAAGAGUACAACAUCCCAGACCACCUUAUGAUCCACGAUUGGGCUCUCACUGAUAACUUUUACGUUUUGUUUGGUAAUCGCAUCAAACUCGAUCUUCCAGGAUCAAUGAGGGCAGUAUGUGGGCUGUCUCCCAUGAUUUCCGCAUUAUCCGUGAACCCAAGCAAGCAAACCUCUCCUAUUUAUCUGCUACCUCGGUUUCCCCGAAUUAGCGGCCAAACAAACAUUAAUAAAAAUAAUGUUGUCCAAAGAGACUGGAGGGUACCCAUAGAAGCUCCAUCACAGAAAUGGUUAUUACACAUCGGAAACGCCUUCGAGCACAGAGACGAGCACACCGGGAAACUUCGUAUUCAAGUCCAAGCUUCUGGCUGCUCUUAUCGCUGGUUCAAUUUCCAGAAAAUGUUUGGAUAUGAUUGGCGGACUGGAAAAUUAGAUCCUUCAAUGAUGAACAGAGGAGAGGAUGGUGAAGAUAAACUCUUGCCUCAUCUACUUCAGGUGUCCAUAACACUGGAUGCAAAUGGGGAUUGCGACAAUGUUUCAGUGAACGAUUUGAAUGAAUGGGGAAGAGCCGCGGAUUUCCCCGCGAUUCAUCCAGAUUAUUCAGGGAGGCAGAAUAAGUACGUGUACGCGGCCACCUCAUCCGGUUCUCGCCGUGCGUUGCCACAUUUUCCUUUCGACACCUUGGUGAAGCUAAACACGGAAGAUAUGUCAUCGGCGCAGACAUGGUCUGCGGGGAGGAGACGGUUCAUUGGCGAACCGGUCUUUGUCCCUAGAGGAAACAAUGGUGGAAAAGUAGGGGUAAAAGUGGUUUUUUAAUUGAAAGUGGAAGUGUUUAGUGGAAAGCAAAAAAAACGAAAGAGGAAUAGUUUUGUGGAACGGAGGGAGUACUUUUUUAUUUUUCAAUCUAGUUUUUAACAUCACAGUGCAUAUACUAUUUCACACCUCCUAUUUUCUAUUCUAUUAUUUAAUUUACUCUUCUGUAUUUAAAAAAAUACCUAAAUAAAAUAAAGUAUGAAAACUAUACCAAAAUAAGAUAUCAUACAUUUUAUUUUUUGAAUAAGAGUAUUAGUACUAUUUCCCAUUUAAAAACAUUAGAUAUAAUAAAGAAUUAAACUAUUU